AUGUCGACCGAAGUUGACAAUGGCAAGGGGGCGUGGACAGAGGAGGCCAAGUAUCAGUUCUUGCUUCACAUAAUCCGUCAUCUCCGGGAGAAGAACCGCACAAUCAACUGGGCAAAUAUCAAGAUGGGCGAACGUUCAACCAAGUCACUUCAGAAUCAGUGGACAAAGGUCAACAAGCAGCUUGCUGAACUCGAUGCUCAGCAGGGCGAUUCAGCGCCCUCUACCCCGAACAAGGCUACUGGCAAGAAGGGGAAGAGGGCCAAGGCUGAGGCGGACGAUGAGGACGGAGAUGAUGAGCCAACCCCCAAGAAGCGAGGCAACGCUAACGGAUGGAUCAUGGCAGGGAAAACCCGUGUCAAGGCUGAACCAAAGGUGAAGUUGGAGAAGAACGGCGAGUUUGAGUCUCUGUCCUCAGAGGACUAA